AGGCGUUGGCUGCCGGUCACGCCGCGGUUCAGCCUCGCUCCGUGCCCCGGCUGCCCUCGCCGGGACCUUUGUCCCCUCCUGUUCCGGAUAAAAGCGCAGAGAGGCCCCGGGAGCCCGGGGGUGACCAUGGCUCCUGCGAGCCCGACCGCGGUCCUUUGUGCCUGCUUUGGCUUUGUAGCGCUCCUCGUGUGCGGGGCAGAAGGACAGAGUGGUGCUGGGCCAGAAGUGACCAUUGCACUCGGACGGCUCAAAGGAACACAGACAAAUGUGAAGGGCACAGACAAGCUUGUCGAUGUUUUCCUUGGAAUUCCUUUUGCAAAAGCCCCUCUUGGAUCCUUGAGGUUUUCUCCACCUGAACCACCUGAACCCUGGACUGGUGUGAGAGAUGCAACUUCUCACCCACCGCUCUGUCCUCAAGAUCUGUCCCUGUUGAAAACAGCAGAAAAAAACUUCAAAGAAAAGCACCUUGCAUUCCAAACUUCUGAGGACUGUUUGUAUCUCAGUGUUUACAGCCCUGCUGGCUCAAGCAAGAAGGACAAGUUACCUGUAAUGGUGUGGAUCCAUGGAGGCAAUUUCAUAUUUGGUGGUGCUGCUCGCUAUGAUGGCUCUGCACUGUCAGCCUAUGAGAAUGUUGUGGUGGUUAUAAUUCAGUACAGACUGGGACUCCUUGGAUUCUUCAACACUGGUGACGAGCACGCCCCUGGGAACUGGGCGUACCUGGACCAGGUUGCUGCCCUUCGGUGGGUGCAAGGAAACAUCGAGCACUUCGGUGGAGACCCAGCUUCUGUCACUCUCUUUGGGAUAUCUGCAGGAUCUUGCGCUGUUUUUGCACAUGUGUUAUCUCCUUUAUCUAAGGGUCUCUUUCAUAAAGCAAUAUCAGAGAGUGGAAUUAUAAUUCCCCCCAGUAAAAAUUUACGUCUUUCAACAGAUCUUGAGAAAAUUGCCAGUAUCUUCAAGUGUGAUGCAAGCAGCUCCCUCUCCCUGCUGAGCUGCUUGAGGAAGCAGGAAGCAGAGCACAUAGUCCUUAACAGCAAGGAAAUCUCAUUUCUACCCUUAGUUUUGGAUGGAGUGUUUCUUCAUAAGCCACCUGAGGAGAUAUUGGCUGGAAAAGAAUUCAAUGCAGUCCCGUUCAUGAUAGGAGUCACCAACAAUGAAUUUGGCUGGAACAUUAGAUCGACAUCAAAAAUGAAAGGUUUGAGGGAAAUAGGAGAUAGAAAAUCAAUUGCCUCAACUGUAGAUGUUUUUCUACCAAUGAUUGAUGUACCCUCAGAUUUUCUGCCCAUGAUCUUAGAUGAAUAUCUGGGAGACACAGAGGACCCUGCAGAGCUCCGGGACGGAUUCCUGGACCUGCUGGGGGACAUGGCAAUUGUCAUGCCAGCCAUUAAAGCACUGAAUUAUCACAGGGAGUCUGGAGCUCCUACCUACUUCUUUGAGUUCCAGCACCGGGCCAGUGCAUUCAGGGACAGCAAACCUGACUAUGUGAAGGCUGACCAUGGGGAUGAAGUUGGCUUUGUCUUUGGGGGGCCAUUUCUGGCUGGGGACAUCCAGCUCCGCAGUGAAGUUACAGAGGAAGAGAAGAACCUCAGCAGAACUCUAAUGAAGUACUGGGCUAACUUUGCUCGAAAUGGGAAUCCUAAUGGAGAAGGUCUGGUUGAAUGGCCAUCUUACAACCUAGAUGAAGAAUACUUGCAGAUAAAUCUACAACAAAAGAAAGACAGAAAGUUGAAAGAAAAGAAGGUAGAAUUCUGGAAAAAAGUGAUCCUUGAAAAGACAAAGAGCAAAAGCACGCAAAACAAGAAGUUUAAAUUAGAGUUAUAGUUUACAGUCUAAACAUGCACAUAAUAUGCAAAAUAUUAGGAUAUUAAAAAAUUAAUUGAAGUAUAUUUGAGGAUAAAAUUGUGUUUCCCUCACCUUUUCUUCACAGUUGUCAUACCUGCAAUUAUUCACUGUAAUAAUUCCAGUUGAUCCUCACUUGUCAAAUACAGCUACCAAAUUUCCCCAAUGCUCAUGUUUUUCUGUUACUCCCCAUGACUGAAGACAGAAUGUAGCAGCAACAUUGUUUUAAUAAAGGGAAAUCAAUGAA